UGGGCCGUUGGCGAAGGCCUGCUGAUUACUGCACGUGCAGGGCAUCUAUCAACUAGGAUGAAAGGAAAAGGUCACCGGGUCUGAUGAAUGCUUAAAAUGUCAAAACAAAAAAUGAAUGUCGGCAUUCACCGAGGCAAAAUCUGGUUUCUAGGAGGAUCUCACAAGUUGCAUAGGAGAAUCUCAAAACCAAACACAUACCUCAAUCUUGGGUGAUCCUCACAGUUCAAGUUGUGCGCACGUGAUUCGAAGAAUAGUAUGGAUGGGUCAAUAGACGGAAGCCAAUGCAUUGUUCUGUACCGAGCACAUCAACUUUGAUGUUUUAAUUGAAACUUCCAUACGCAUGUUCGAUUUUCUAGCACCAGUCAUUAAGCAUGAGAUACCAGCAAUAGCUGUUCGUUUUGAGUCGAGGAACGCUGGCCUAGAUAUCGACUUCUCGACAUCGCAGCAAUGCUUGAGACGCAGCAAGACAAGCUUGAUGAGCUAGUAGAGCUGUUUCGAACCUUGUUAGACGAAUCCCUUGUUGCGGCUAUUGCAGGCGAUCAUGAUUUGACAAACGCGGCUGAAUAUGAAGGAGCGCGUACUAUCCUCAGUGGCCUAGCGCAAGAUGUUCCGGCUGAAGAAGCUACUGGUUUCAAUCCUAGUGGACUUAUAGAGUCAUUAGAUGACACUAGCCGUCACACAAGAGAAGACUCUACACAAUCCUCUACCAUUGCAACACAACCGACCCCUCAAACUCCACGAGGAGACUCUUCAAGCGCUGGCCAACCUAUGUCAGAGAAUGAUGGAAAUUGGUUCAUGCCUCAGCUCACUUCUUUUAAUAAUGAAACAGAGCAAGGCAAGCUCAACCAGCUUUCAUCAAUGUUUGCCAGCCUCAAAGCCUAUGACAUACAGUAUGCUUUGAAAAAGAAUCACGGCGAUUUCCAGGACGCGCUGGAUGAUCUGUUGAAUCUACAGUAUCUCCAAGCUACAGGACAGCAAGUCAAGGGCAUCGAUGGCUUUUUCCAUGAGGAUCAGGACACCUCUAAGAAAUCCAAGAAAAAGAAAAAGAAUAAAGCAAACACAAACCCUGGCACCAGGGAGACAGACCGGGCCACUGAUGAGAAUGACCUAGGAAUAUACUUGAGCGAGGUCAAAGACCAAACUAAUAUCAGCUAUCUUGCAGAGCAUUUAAAUCGCACAAUUGACGAGGUAGCAGAUGUCUUUUACACCAACAAUAGGUCCUUGAGCUUAAGCGCUAUAGCUCUUCUCGACCAAUGCAUUAAUGAGGAAGAGGUGCAUGAAUCAAUAUCGCCCUCUGAUGAUAUUAAAACACAGUCAGUGGUACUUGGCAGAAAAUAUCGCCAUGUGCCCGAGAAAUAUCUUGAGCGUAUUGUUCAGUCAACAAGCAACAUCACCCAGUUCUCUGAAGAUUUAGCAGGUCUUUUGAACAAGGAAUUUGCUAGACGGUCGAAGGGCCAAAAGUUGAAUCUUGGUACGAGGCUGACACCGCUGCCCUACGACGAUAUAGAAGGAGAGUCCGAUAUCAAAUCUACCUCCCAGACAACAAGAGCCAAGCACAUGCUACCAUCCCUAGCGUCGCCCCAAACUCCAGCAGUGAAUCUCUCUCAGGCAUUACAACUAUCUGCUUCUCACAAUCUUCAGCGACGACAAGCUGGAGCAUCAGCUGCUCAGAUGUAUCGCAACGGUGCGAGCAACCCCCUCUUUCGACAAGCCGCCGUCGUAUACUCUGAGCGGGCGCAAGAGCACAGUCGGGCCGCCUCCCAAGCAACUUCAACCGCUGCAGAUUUACUAGUAGAUCAACAAAGCCGACCUGGUGAGGUAGACCUACACGGCGUCUUUGUCCAGGAUGGUGUUCGUAUCGCACGCCAAAAGUCUCUUAACUGGUGGCAAAAUCUAGGCGACAUGAAGUCUCAAAAGGCAAAGCAGCAUCCAUUAAUCAUAAUCACGGGCGUUGGUCGCCACAGCGCAGGAGGCGUGUCGCCACUUCGAAAGGCCGUUGCUGCGGCCUUGAUACAAGACGGCUGGAGGGUUGAAGUGGGCACUGGUAAAUUUACCAUUUACGGCCGAAUUUGACAUUAUUUAGAGGCUUAUCUCCCUGAACUAGACGGUAGAACUGCUUUUUGAAUACCCUAGCAUAUAUAGCGAAAUCCACAAAGACACACAUCAGACCUUCCCUGUCAAUAGGUCAUUACACACCUUCUAAGCCGGUAGCUUCUGUGCACAUCUAAUCCAGACGUUCCGGCCCGUAAUCACCGUGCUACAUAGCAUGGCAAUGCCAACGAUUCCGGGAUAGAUCUUCAUCAGGCCGAGUGAUGCCGUAGGAAGAACAAGAUCCAGUACCUCAGCAAGCAUCUUAAGCCCAAGCUGCGAAACCUUGCCGUUGAACUCACGGUUCGCGGCCUCACGUUCUUUCUGACGCUCUUCAGCUGACUUUUUCUCAUUCUUCGCCUUCUUUUCAUCGUUCUUGGAAUCUUUACCAGCGAAGCCGGCACCUGAGUCUGGGACAGCGCGGUAGGCGAACAGACGGAGUAGCUUAAUACCAGAGCCCAAGGCGGCAGAAUAGAGAGCCACGAGCCAGAACAUUUGUGCCCGUUCAUUGAGAGUCACACUGCGCUCUUGACCAAAUAUGGAAAGAUUUUCAAUGCGCAACACGUCAACCAAUGUAGCAGUCUCAAGCAUGCCGUACAUUCCCAUAGUGGACGCCGAAAUUAUGUCCAGCCAAUCCUCAAUGCUCUUAGCAGCCUGGGACUCGUACAUUGUUUGGCUCUUCUUCCAAGAUUCAAGAAAUCUAAAGGUUCGUAGCGAGCGUCUCGUUACAUUGAGCCAGUCCAUCAGCUUCCGUAUCGUAAGAAAGUAGACAGCAUGCUUCGCAACAGGGUGAGUGCUGAGCAGCUGACUGAGCAGCACCGGAUAAGACACAACUAUUAUGGCGAUUGACUGAAUAAAUCUCAUAGUUCUUUCCAGUCCAG